CGUCGCCAUUUUUCGGUCUCGUACUCGCACUUCUGGUGGCUCGGGUGAGGGGGGGGACGAGUAGAAAUAAGGGAAAGUAAAAUAUUAUAGAAUCCUUAAGCCGUUAUCCUUCGUGAGCAGUCGGGAACUCACGCGAGAGCUCCAGCCUACCGCGCGGCCACCUGAGAUGCACGCGCAGGAGACAAGCCGCUGCUGUGAAAUCAUUUUUUGUGUGGAGACGUGUUGCGGGCCGCCAUUUUUGUGAUGUGCAGCCUCUAAAGUCGGCUCUGACUCGAGAAACGGGAUUCAAAAACGCAUUUCCAUGACGUGUGCCUUACCAUAAGAUAAAGAAGAUACAAAGUAAUCAUUUCGUUUCCGACUCACGGCUACUGGCGACAUUUUGCCGACAUGAGGAUUUAUCAGAUGAAAAACUGAGGCCACCUUUUCCGUUCUCUGACACACUGACGGGAGAUACAUUAUUAGAAGAGAGAAGCCCGGUGUUUUCUCGGAAGGCGGAACGAAAAGGGGAAGCUUCAUUUAUCAUUUGUUGCUGCUUCGCUCUCCGUCGAUGUUUGUCUGUCGUAAGUUGUUCUGUUUCUCUAUUUUGGCAGCUCAAACAAUCACUCAGCCGUUGACUGCUGAACACAGGAACCACAUUAUGUUCCAAAGUUGGAUCAAGCCAGUUGCAGCCUGUCUCUGAAAACGUCAGGUUGUUUUUGGUUUCCUCUUAAAUUCUUUUGAAAAUCAGAGGUCUCUGGAGCCUGCAGCAGAAAGCACUCGACACAACCUCUCAGGGCGACGAAUGCCCUGCCCUGCAUCUUCCAAAUCCUCCAAAUUGCUGUGAUUGGCCAAUCCCAACCACACGUUUUAACUUAUUGUCUAGCCUUUUUGGUUAUCCUUUCUUUCUUAUUUGUAGUCUUGUUACUAACUUAUUUUGAACAGAAAUGUCAACUGCUCGGUUUGAUUCAUCUGAUCGGUCCGCCUGGUAUUUUGGACCCGUGUCACGACAAGAGGCACAGAAUAGGUUACAAGGACAGAGACAUGGCAUGUUUCUGGUUCGAGACUCGUCGACCUGUCCCGGCGACUACGUGCUGUCAGUGUCUGAAAACUCCAAAGUGUCUCACUAUAUAAUCAACUCUUUGCCCAGCAAGAGGUUUAAGAUAGGCGACCAAGAAUUUGAGCACCUCCCUGCUCUGCUGGAGUUCUACAAAAUCCACUACCUGGAUACCACCACGCUGAUAGAGCCAGCCCCCAGGUACCCAAGCACAGUGAGCGGUCCCAUCCAGCCCAUAAGUGGCCCAGAUGAGAACCUGGAGUAUGUGCGGACUCUUUACGACUUCACUGGCAGCGAUGCAGAGGACCUUCCCUUCAAGAAGGGGGAGAUUCUGAUCAUCCUGGAGAAGCCAGAGGAGCAGUGGUGGAGCGCCAAGAGUAAAGAGGGGCGUGUGGGGAUGAUCCCCGUUCCCUAUGUGGAGAAAUUGGUACGACCUUCACCUCAUCCUGGCCAGCCUUCCCAUGGGUCUCGCAACUCCAACAGCUAUGGGAUCCCUGAGCCCUCCCACGCCCUCGUGCACGCCUACGCCCAGCCCCAGACUCCAACGCCGUUACCACCUGGCACCCCCGGAGCAGUUAUCAGCCCUCUACCCUCCAUGCAGAACGGCCCCGUCAUGGCAAAGGCAAUUCAGAAACGAGUGCCAUGCGCCUACGACAAAACAGCUCUGGCUCUAGAGCUCGGCGACAUCGUCAAGGUAACACGGAUGAACAUCAGCGGCCAAUGGGAGGGCGAGGUGAACGGACGAAGGGGUCUCUUCCCAUUCACCCAUGUGAAAAUCAUAGACCCCCAGAAUCCGGACGAGAGCGACUGACCCUAGUGUCGGCCUGGACCCUCUCGCCAGUUGUCGUCCCCGUACCUGAACCUGCUGGCCGUCUCCACCUCGUUCCCGCCAGUGUCGCCACGGUUACAUGCUUGCCUGCUUGGGGCUGUACCAUGAUAGCGACCCCACCGUUGUUGCCAACCGUUGCAAGGCUUUCUGACUGUUUACAGCUUUGGACAUUGGGUCCAAACUUAAAAAAAAAAAAACCUGACCCCACUCCUCCCAUCUCAUUACCCCUUGACUUGGUUCCAGGCUGGCCGAUGUGUUUUUGCAUUAGUGUCCUUUUCAUUUCCACAUCACUGGAUAUCAGUGUGAGUGUGUGUGCGUAUGUAUUAAGUGUGUGUCACAAUAGAUAUUUACAUUACAACAUGUCUGUGUUUAUUAGGUUUUUUUCUGAAUAUAUGUUUGAAGUCUUGGGGAAAAGUGUUUGUUUUGUCGAUGUUCGUACGAAGUAGGGAACAGCAACAUCCCCACGGACUUGGGAGAGCACUGAGGCGACGAGGAGCUAACCAGCCGGUCAAAUGUUAUUUCUCCAAACAAUCAAGUCACUGUUGUACCUUAACCAUCUCACAAGCACAGACAUACACAGGUAUUGGCUGUGAGUUGUUCAGGUUGACAGUUUUUUUUUUAUAUGUACGUGAUGUGUGACUGGAUUCAGGAGAGAUGGGUUUUUGGAGGAUCUAGGUUGCUCCGUGACAUUUUAGGUCCCAUGACCCCAUCCACACUUCCACCUGACUUUCGAGACUUAUUUAUCUUUGUUUAAAACGCAUAUUUCGGCCCUCUGUGAUUUCAUCUUUCUCCUAUUUGUGCCACAUGAUCAACUCAUGUUCUUUUGUUUUUUUAUGUGACUUGGAUAUGUAUGGUAGAGCGGUAACUUUGCAUGUCCACUCGGUACCUCUCUUGACUGCCCUUCACAUUAUCUUGAACUGAAAAUGCAUUGGUUAGAGAUUAGCAGGGUUUUUAGUGACUUCAGCACUAGUCGAUACAUUUCAACCUUCUGCAUAUGAGUGUCAAGCUUUGAACUAAAGUCAAGUAGCAACAGCCUUCUCCCUAGCACUUCCCACAAGCAUCUAAAAGGCUAGCUUAAAAAAAUGCAUCGUCGCAGCAUCGGCACAAAGACUGCGUUCUACUGAGGCGAGGGCAAAGGUCAGGAAAGCAUUUUUCAGCAAGCCAAUGAGAAUCCCAUUAAUGCCUUUUUUUCAAGAGAGCAAGGUAAAUGCAUCUUUUAGCACAUGCAAUCCCACUCUCAAUGUUACUCCUGUCAAUUUAGUGUUUUGUCUUUUUAGCUUUAUUCCUUAAAUAUUCGGUCCGUGCACAACUUUGUCUCAUUACAUCACAUGUUACACGCUUUUAUCCAAAGCGACUUACAUACUCAAUACUGUGGGCAAUCCCCACAGGAGCAAUUUGGGGUGAAGUGUCUUGCCCAGGGACACAACGACAUGCUGUAGUGCUGUUUGAACCUGUCCCCCUGAUCCGAACACCAACGCACUAGGCCACUGAGCCACACACCCCCCCACACUCCGCAUAGUGCUUUCCAUUGAAAUCGAUUACCAACCCUCCACUCAGUAAUAUUGUGCAGCUUUUAGUUGUUUCCCAACUUUGAUCAUGUUAGUUUAUAGUCGGCUAUUCAUUCAAGUUUUUUUUUGUCAAAAUCUGCUAUUCAUUCAAGCUUUUUUUUUGUCAAAAUGAGUGAUGUGAUUAAACAAAAGUACGGACGGAAACAUUUACAAAAGGGCAAAUGCCUGCUGGUUGCCUCUGUGCAUGACCUCUUGGCCGGGGAGAUGGUCCUGCCUGGCCAAAUGCUGCUUAAUGUCAUUUUAUGUCCUUAUUAAACCAAGGUUUCUCUUAUUUGAAUCCCUCCUGGUCAAACCAACCAGCGUGUUUUUUUUUUUAUUCCUCAUCAAAAUUAAUGAAAUUACUAAUUAAGCAAUACACCCUGAUUCUUUCCUUCUCUUGAGGUGAACUUACUUUUCUCAUGCUUCUGAGUUGUUUUGUAAUGGCAUUAACAGUAUUACUGUGCUCUCUUCUCAUAUUCUAGGAAAGCCUGUCUUUUACUUAAGGAUUGAAAAUUGUGCCUUUUAUUUUCUUAAACCAUUUACAUGUGUUAAUAUUUCCCAUGGUUAACACCUGUGCUGGUAUUGACCCUUUAUGUACAGAACAAGUAAAUAAAAUUUACGUCUACUUCUUUAA